AUGAAUCUUGCUAAUUUUUCAUAUUUCACUGGCAUGUGCAACAUGACGGCAGAGUCCCAGCACUCGCCAGCCGAGGCGGCCAGUCCAGUGGUGCUGUCUCCCAACGUGAGCCUGGACUCCCCGAUACCUCUUCCUUCACCAGCGCUCAACCACCAGGCUCGAACCAAGGACGGUGUUCUCAUCAAAGCCGAGCCACGGGUCAGCAGUCCAAAUACCGAGAGGGAGGAAGUGCUUUCACUGGGUCAAACCGAAGAACAUCUGCCCGCCACUGGCAGCCGGCGGAGGAAAAGGCCAGUGCAGCGAGGUAAACCUCCCUACAGUUACAUCGCACUGAUCGCAAUGGCCAUCGCCAAUUCACCUGAGAGAAAACUCACCCUCGGCGGCAUCUAUAAGUUCAUCAUGGAACGCUUUCCUUUUUACCGCGAGAAUUCAAAGAAGUGGCAAAAUUCCAUACGGCACAACCUCACCCUCAAUGACUGUUUUGUGAAGAUCCCGCGAGAGCCCGGUAGGCCCGGCAAAGGAAACUACUGGACGCUUGACCCCGCCGCCGAGGACAUGUUCGACAACGGGAGUUUCUUGAGACGGAGGAAGCGCUUCAAGCGGACUGAUGUAAGCACAUAUCCUGGAUACAUGCAAAGCUCGAGCGCUUUCACGCCAACACCAAUGGGUAGACAGGCGUACCCCAACACCUUAUACCCGGGUGUGACGUCUGGCUACGGGUCUCAGUUGGCUGGUUCCCCGCACCCGGCGAUGCUGCAUCACUAUCAGGCAUCGGCCGGGGUCACGCAAGGCCAGCCCAGGAUGUUCAGCAUCGAUAAUAUUAUUAGUCAGCAGACAAUGAUGCAAAGCGGAGGAGAUCUCAACGCACAGUCUCUCGGCAUGGGAGACUUGGGUGCCAUGACCUCCAGCUGUUCCGUGUCAAACUCUGACCCGACCUGCUUUCAGACGCAACAGAUCAAUCCAACGAGCAACAUGCUGAGCAGGAACACGGGAUCUCUUGCUUCAAACAUGACAACCAGUUACACGUAUCCCUCCUCGGCUUCGCCUACUCACCUGUCCGGGGUCACGCAGUCCAGCUUCUCUCCGGGAGGUUCACAGGUGUACUGUUCGGGGAACAGGAUUUCUCUGCCCCCUGUGCGUUCGGGCUCGUGUGCAGAUCAUACAGAAUCUCUUUUAGCUCUCUCCGGACCAGCAAUGAACUCCUACAAUAAUUCAUAUAUGAGACAAGCCAAUUUUGCCUCAGGACUGGAGCGAUACAUGUGAAAACUUCUGCACUGUAUGAUAAUCUUCCACUGAAUGCAGUGGCCCCGAGAUUGAGUUCAUAUUCCUGUUGAUUUAUGUAAAAAACGUUUUGUAGAUAACGUGUGACUGAAUUAACUAGUUUUUGGUAGGCUGUAUGUGUG